CUCCAAAUUGCCGCUUUGCUUCAUCGCCAUCGCUAGCUUCAUAGUAUCAAAGAAAAAACCUCUGAAUGAACAACUUAACCACCGUUACCUGAAGACCUACCAAUAACCCUAGCGUUCAUCAAUUGAUAGUCACUGUUCCUGUGAAGUGAAACUACUACAACUAGCUUUUCCACCUCCAAAAGACUUCCUGAACUUCCAAUUAGAAAAAAAAUGAAAAGAGAUUUGGUUGGACUCUUCUCGGCAAUCGUAUCGUUGUUUAUAGGAUACGGAUACUCGUUAACUGUUACCGAGCCUAGUAGUGAUACCACCUGGCACCUUCACUCCCCGAACCAGGUGAAGUGGGAAAGCGUGUCUACCGAUCCUGAAAGCGUUGAAGUCAGGAUAGUCAACAACAACCCAUCGACUUACCCGACUGGAUACACUCACACCGUUAAAGAUGGAAUCAACACAGCGGAUAACAAAUUCACGGUAGACUCGCUACCUGGACUGAAACCAGGCCGCGGUUACCAAGUCAACGUCAUGAGCUCCGCCGGCACAAUUUUGGCCCAAAGCGCCCAAUUCGUGAUCAAUGGAACCGCUGAGAAAAACACUACUAGCACCACCACCCACCCAAAUACGCAGAGCAUUGCCCAACCCACCUUAGCGGCCCCGUCACCGGUAACUUCUGCAUCUUCCUCUGGUGCCACUAUUCUGGAAUUAAGCUCGAUAGCAAAAUUGUUUCUAGUCAUCGUAUUGGCAAUCAGCACACUUCCAGUCGAAAAACUCCGGUCUUGGUAAUUACUCAAGUAGGAUUCGAAUAUAGCGAUUGCGAGGUUCUGAUUUAUCUGAGGUCAUCAAGAAGAAAAAAAGUAGCUUGUCUGAUUGUGGCAGGUUUGAGCCCUCCCAACCUAUUCCUAUUGGCAUUGGUUUAUUUCCUCCUUUUUUAAUAGUCUACUUUCAUCAACUGUCUUUGAAUGAAGGCUUAUCAGAACUAAACAGUUAGAUUUCUCCAACAAUUUAUAAAUGUAUGAAAUUUA